CAGCUCCUCCAACUCUCAAAAAUCGCUUCUUUUUCUUCUUCCAUCCUCUCGCUCCACGACCAAGCUCAACAAUGGCUCUCAGAUCUCUCGACAACGCCCUCCCAGCUUCUCUCGAGAGACCUCGGAAGGCUCCCAAGAUCUCCCCCGCUAAGCCUCCUCUCUAUCCGUCCAUCAACAACGAGAACUCAUCGCUGACACCACCGCCUCCCAAGCCCGCCGAUCAAUCCAUUGAGUAUAUAUCUUCUGAAAAUCUCGCCGCCCUUUCAGAUCCUCAGAACAAGAUCAAGAGUGUGCUGGAGGAGUUGGAAUCCAAAGAUUGGAUUAGGGUUUGUGAAGCUCUGAACGAUGUGCGUCGCCUUGCACUGCACCACCAAUCCCUCUUGCAUCCAAUCUUGGAAAAUGUUAUGCUGGUGAUUGUGAAAUCAAUGAAGAGUCCUCGGAGUGCUCUUUGCAAGACCUCAAUCAUGGCUUCUACUGAUAUCUUUCAAUCUUUUGGUUAUCUACUGCCUUCCAUCUCUGAAGAUGCUUGUGCUUUUGAUCAUUUGCUGUUGCAGCUCUUGAUGAAAGCAUCUCAAGAUAAAAAGUUUGUGUGUGAAGAAGCAGAGAAGGCGUUGGAAGCCAUGGCAAGCUUCAUUUCUUCUCUGCCAUUAAUCAAGAAGCUUCAACCUUGUGUUAACCAUGCAAAUCUUAGAGUGAGGGCCAAAGCUGCUGUUUCAAUCUCCAAAUGUGUCUCGAAGAUGGAUAUCGAGACGAUGAAGGAAUUCGGGCUCGUCGUACUUCUCCAGAUUGCUGCUGAACUCCUGAAUGACAAACUACCAGAGGCCAGAGAAGCAGCUCGGAGUAUCAUCAAUUCAGUUCAUAAUGGAUUCUCCAAAAACAAUGAACUGAAAGUGGACGAUGAAAGUUCGGCAACAACAGAGUCAUGGCAGGAUUUCUGCUCCUCUAACUUGCCUCCGAUCUCAGCCCAAUCAGUCGCAAAGAUUGUUUUGCAGUAAUAGUAGGAGUGUUGAUUUGCUUUUUUAAAUAUAUAUUUUUAAUUUUUUUUUAUGAGAAUUUGUAUUAUGGAGGGUUCCUUUCACUCAUAAGUUUGAUUGCAUUAUUGGUUGUUGAUCAGCAGCAA